AUGCACUGCCAUACAAGUGUACUCGGCCGUCGGCACGCGAAUGUCUUCCAAGACAGCCGCAUUCGUCCCGCCCGCCGCGCCGCGCGCCACCCGCGUGCGUCGGAGGGCGCCCGCCGCACACAAGUCCGCGCCGCGCCGGCUGACUCGCCCCUGCCGGCAGAGACCGACUACGUCGUGAUUGGGUCUGGCUUCGGCGGUCUCUGCUGCGCGGCGCUCCUCGCGAAGUACGGCAACAGCGUCACCGUCCUCGAGAGCCACUACCUCCCCGGCGGAUGCGCACACAGCUUCGAACACGAGGGCUACACCUUCGAGGCCGGACCUUCCUUCCACGCAGGGCUCUCCGCGCCGUUCGGACGGUCGUCCAACCCAGUGCGCGCGGUUCUGGACUACGUCGGCGAGACGGUGCCGAGCAUCACCUACGACGAGUGGAUCGCGUACCUGCCUGAGGGCCAACAGAUGCACAUUCGGCCCGACGCCAGGGCGUACGCCCGCGAGAUCGAGCGGCUGGCGGGCCCGACUGCCGCGAACGAGUGGCGUGCUCUCGAGCGCGAGCUCCUCCCGCUCGGCGACGCCGCUGCCGGGCUGCCUGCAGCGGCGCUGCGCUACGACGUUGGGAUCGUCCGCACGGCCGCGACGCUGGACCCGCUCGAGCUGCUCAAGUCCGGGCUGAGCGCGUCGAAGCUGACGGGCCCGUUCUCGGCGCUGGUGGACAAGCACGUGUCGAACCCGUGGCUGCGGAAGGUGCUCGAUUUGGAGUGUUUCCUGCUGUCAGGUCUGACCGCCAAGGACACCAUCCUCGCGGAGAUGGCCUUCAUGUUCUCGGAGCGGCACUCCGGAAAGUCGACGAUCGACUACCCGGUCGGCGGGACCGCCGCGAUGAUCGACGCGCUCGUUCGCGGCCUGGAGAACCACGGCGGGGAGCUGCGGCUGCGCAGCCACGUGGAGGAGAUCGUGGUCGACGGCGGGCGGGCCACCGGCGUCAAGGUGAGGGGGUCAAAGGGCGGGUUCGUUCGCGCGCGCAAGGCGGUGAUCAGCAACGCCACGACGUGGGACACGCAGCGGCUGCUGCCCUCGACGGCGACGUCCGCGGGGCAGGUUGCAGCGUGGUCGCGCGAGUGCAAGGCCGUGCCGCCGCUGCCGUCGUUCGUGCACCUGCACCUCGGCAUCAGCGGCGAGGGCCUCUCGGACGACCUCCUGAUCCACCACCUGGCCGUCGAGGACAUGAACAAGGAGCUGGACGACGACAGAAACGUCGUCAACAUCUCCAUCCCAUCUGUGCUCGACAAGGAGUGUGCGCCCGACGGGAAGCACGCGGUGCACGUGUACUGCGCGGCGAACGAGGACUACGCCGUCUGGGAGGGUCUCAAGCCGUCGUCGGGGGAGUACAAGGCCCUGAAGCGCGAGCGCAGCGACAAGCUGUACGCCGCGCUGGAGCGCGUCAUUCCUGACGUCAGGUCGCGCGUGGAGGUCGAGCUGAUCGGGACGCCGCUCACGCACGAGCGCUUCACGCGGCGGCACCGGGGGACGUACGGCCCGGCGCAGUCGAUGGGCCUCCCAGGCGCGAAAACGCCGAUUGAGGGUCUGCUGGUGUGCGGGGACUCGACGCAGCCUGGCGUGGGCGUGCCGGCGGCGGCGGCGAGCGGGAUGCUGGCCGCGAACACGCUCAGCCCCGUGGACAAGCAGCUCGACCUGAUCGAGACACUGCGUCGCGGGUGA